CUGGUGAAUUAUCAAUUAAUAAAAUUUUCCAGUAACGUCGCUAAAGCACUUUCCCCGGCAUGAAGUACUCUGCGUUCGUAAUUGUCGUCCUUUGUUACCUGAGUGUCCUAUCAAAGGCUGAGCAACCAUAUACUGUGAAAAUGGAAGACGCCGAAUAUUUCAAUGGCUUGACGGAGACCCUCUUUAAUUGUGAAAUGAAACUCGUUGGGCGAAAACGCCUACUCAAUGGCACAAUGACAUUCGGCGAGGAUAUGGCUAGCGAUCACUUUAAAUACCAAAUAGAGAUAUUUAACGCACCACCCGGCGAUAAUCAGUUCAAGCGAUUGCCUUUGGGUGUGCCGCGCACCGCCAUUUGUGAGGGUUUUAAAGCAUAUUACGGCGAAUUUCUGCAGCCGUCGUUUAUUCAGGAGGAAAAUACCAAUCUGCCCUCUAUGCCCAAGGAGGGUCUUUGCCCCUUCCCAAAAGGUGAAUACUGGUGUAAGAAUUUGCUGCUUAACACAGACGCUUGGCCAAAUCAAUUACCGCGUGGNGGUGAAUACUGGUGUAAGAAUUUGCUGCUUAGCACAGACGCUUGGCCAAAUCAAUUACCGCGUGGUCUUGUAAAAGCAGUGAUAACCUUUUUCAAAGAUGAGGUAGAUGUUGGUGGCGGUUCAAUAACUGUGCGUGUCGAAGAUCGUGAAUGA